UAAGAAGUCCGAGGCCCAAGAGCGCCAGAGUCCACAGAAUCUCUUGACGUCGAACCACGAGGUCUUAUUGCACAAGCAUCGCAAAGGAUCGCGAGGACCGAUGUGUCGUUUGGAGUGAAAGCGCGCGUGCGGAAGGCCCGGAACGCGAGCGUCGAAGUGGUGAGAGGGCCAGUGGUGCUCGGGCUCGACUGCGCUCCACUCGCUCCCUGUGUGUGCAAGAGAGAAAAGAUACGACGAUGAGCUUCUCGAGGAUGCUGCCGCUGCUGCUCCUCUUCCUCUUUCUCCUCUUCGCGCGUGCUCGUGCUGAUAUCGAAGACCACUUCAAGAACUGCCGCGUCGAAGCUGCGGGUUUCGACGGCUGCGUUCGCGAGGCGCUCAAUGCAAUCCGUCCCUACUUCAAAACAGGCCUGCCCAAGUACAAUGUCGCACCGUUCGACCCGUUUUUCGCUAACGAGAUAAGCGCCCGUCGCGGACUGCCGAAACUCGGCUUCACAAUCACCUUGAGGAACGUGACGGAGAGCGGAUGGUCCGCGAGCAAAGUUACCAAGUUCGUCAGCGACUUGAAGAACUACAAGGUGGUGUACACCCAGAGCUUCCCAGAAAAAUACCUGUCCGGUGACUAUGAAUUUAAUGGCGCUGUCUUAGGGACCAAUGUCAACAACAAAGGAAAAUUUACGUUGAGCUUGUUUGAUCUCAUGCAAACGACUACGAUAACGAGGGAGCCCGGGAUGAAGAUAAAAGUGCGAGUCGAAGUCGAAACGAUUCGCGAUCUCAAGCUGCACAUAUCGAAUCUCCUGCAUGGUCGUGAAGUCCUCGAGGGUAUUCUCGAUCGGAUUAUAAAUGGCGCCUGGCAGCCGGGAUUCACGUUCACGAAGCCCCUUAUCAACGAACUCGUAUCCACGGCAUUCACGGAAAUCUUCGAUAAGGCCUUCCGAAACUUCCCCUUCGAGAAAAUCAUCAGGACCAAGCAAAACAAUACUCUGUAGGAAGAUCAUUGCGUACGAGAGAUCUUCUCUAUUGCCCUUCGUGCCACCGUAACGACGAUCUUUUCCUUAUGGUUGAAGCCCAUGAAUUGUCACGCGUUUCAUGCGUUAUCGUCUUUCUUUUCCUUUCUAUUUUUAUUCGUGCGAAUUGGCAUUGAUGAGCCGUCGUUGUGCGCUGUUUACAAAUUAUUUACCGUUAAAAUUCUAUUGCCAACGUUAUUGUGGCUUCGAAAGAAGAAAAAAACGUAAUGUUGGAUUCUCACGAGUUGAGAUUGUUUUAAGAAAUUUUACAUUUCGUUUUCAAAUGUUGUACUUAUCAUUC